AUGUAUUUUUUCCUGGGGUUGUCCUUCCUGGAUAUAACGUAUACCUCAGUCACAGUCCCCAAGUUGCUCUCCAUGCUGGUAAGUGGGAAUCAGAGCAUCUGUUUUGCCAGCUGUGUCUUGCAGUCUUAUUUCUUCUUCAUCCUUGGGAUGAUGGCCUGUGACAGAUACAUAGCUGUAUGCUACACCCUCAGUGUAGUUAACCACUUCUGUGCUAUUCUACCACUGCUGCAAUUGGCAUGUGUGGGCACGUAUGUGAUGCAAAAGUUGAUACUGAUACUUUCUUCUCUGGUGAUUUUGAGCACCUUCCUUUCUAUUGCUAUGUCUUACAUCUAUAUUGUCAUCACCAUCCUGAAGACCCCUUCUACUGCAGCCUUCUCCACUUGCGUUUCCCAGCUCGCGGUUCACUCAUCGUUUUGUGGCGCAGGGAUUUUCAUGUAUUUGAGUCCAACAGCAAGGACUUCCUUGAACAUGACCAAAAUUGUACCCGUGGCAUACAGCGUGGCCACUCGCAUGUUGAAUCCAAUGAUCUGCAGCCUAAGAAAUCAAGAUAUGAAGGCGGCUUUGAGGACAAUGCUCAUAAAAAGAAAGCUGGGAAGGAGGGGUUUUGUGUAG